GUGGCAAACUAACCUCCAAAGAUCUAAGCGGCUUUUAUUUAUUAUAUUAUAGGUGGUUGGUGGCGGCCAUGGAUGAUCGUUUGAGGUCUCGCUGCUCAGCUGAAGGAAGCAAUGGAGAGUGCAAAGACGGUGAGGAACAAGCAAGUGCUGUUCAGGAGGUUCCUCACGGGAGCUCCGACGGAGGAGAACAUGCAGCUGAGGACGGCUGAGGCGGAGCUUAGGGUUCAGGCGGGGUCCGGCGCUGUACUGGUGAAGAACCUCUUUCUAUCUUGCGAUCCAUACAUGAGGGGUCGGAUGAGGGAUUACUAUGGAUCAUAUAUUCCUCCUUUCCAGCCCGGCAAGGUCAUUGAGGGCUUCGGUGUGUCUAAAGUAAUUGAUUCUGAUAAUCCAAAUUUCAGUGUUGAUGACUUAGUCUACGGAAUAACUGGAUGGGAAGAAUAUACUUUGAUUUUGAAGGUAGAAGGGCUGAGAAAAAUUGAAAUCUCAGACAUUCCACUUUCUUACUAUUUAGGUCUUCUUGGUAUGCCAGGAUUUACAGCCUAUGCUGGAUUUAAUGAAGUUUGUUCUCCAAAAAAAGGAGAGCUCGUCUUUGUCUCUGCUGCAUCAGGAGCAGUAGGGCAACUUGUGGGCCAACUAGCAAAGUUGAAUGGCUGUUUCGUUGUUGGGAGUUCUGGUUCAAAUCUAAAGGUUGAUCUUCUGAAGAGCAAGCUUGGAUUUGAUGAAGCUUUUAAUUACAAAGAUGAACCUGACUUAGAUCUAGCCCUGAAAAGGUAUUUCCCCUCAGGCAUCGAUAUUUACUUCGAAAAUGUCGGCGGCCGUAUGCUCGACGCAGCCCUGCUCAAUAUGAGACCACACGGACGCAUAGCCGUUUGCGGUUUCGUGUCGCAGAAUGGAGUCUCUGACCCAGAAGGGAUUCGAAACCUGUCUCGUCUUAUAUCGAUGCGAGUAAGGAUGCAGGGGUUCUUACAGAGUGACUAUUUGCAUUUGUUUCCUGAUUUUUUGAGCAAGAUGGCUGAAUACUACAGGCAAGGGAAAAUUGUCUACAUAGAGGACAUAGCUGAGGGCCUUGAGAGUGCUCCAAAAGCUUUUGUGGGACUAUUCAGCGGCAGAAAUACUGGUAAGCAAGUUGUUUGUAUUUCUAGGGACUGAUUAUGCUUUUAUUAUUGUUAUUAUUAUGAAUUUGCUAAUGAGAUUGAUAUAUUUUGUAAUUCUAUGCAUUUCAUCUUUGUUCUAUAUAUAUAAACAAGUGACCAACUUCACCAAAAUAUUUCAUAUUCAAAGUA